AUGGGGAUUUUCAAGAAAGCUAUCCUCAUCACCACACCUCAGACGAUAAGGAGUCAGCGACCAACUAACGGUGACAAAGAGGUUGUUCUGAACAUAGAAGACCCUGAGAAAACUCAAUAUUUGGAGCAAAAUUUCAAUACCAGCUCCUACAACUUUGGUUACGAGCUUGGUCCAGAUGGGCAGUUUCACCAUGAGAACAGGGGACCAGAUGGAGUUGUCUACGGAUGCUAUGGCUACAUAGAUCCUGAUGGCAAUCUACGAGUCACCCACUACCUCUCUGAUGGAUGGGGUUACCGGGUGGUGAAGCCCGGGGAAGACAUAGAAUUGUUCCUCCACCCCCAUGAACACCAUCAAGAACCUGAACAGAGCAUCGAUCAUGAAAGCCAUGGAGAACACCAUGGAAAUCAUGGAGAACAUCAUGAGAAUCAUGGAGAGAAUCAUGAACAUCAUCACGAACAUCAUGGUCAGAUAACACCAUGGAAGGAUUUGUAUUUCCCCAAAGGAUGUGGAAAUCUGAUGGGUAACAUCACACAGACUCCACAGUUUCCUGGAAAUCCACCAGUAAAUGUAGGCACAUCUGGACAACCCUCGGUGACUGGUACAGGAAGUUCAACAACCUCAAAUCAACCUCAGAGACCAGGAUCAGGACAAGGUGUUGCAGUGGGAAGCCCUGGGAGCUCAAGCACAACAGGACCUCAAGGAUUGGUGACAGGAGUACGUCCUCAAAGACCAGGUACAGGUGGAACUCCACAGCCACUCAGACCAAGUGGACAGUCACCAAGUCCAGGAUCGAAUUUGGGUGGAUCCCAGGGUCCAAACCCUCAAGGAUCUAGACCUCAAGGGGCAAUACUGCCAGGUCAGAGUUCAACAAAACCUACGGGAAUAGGUGGAUCAGGACCUGGGGGUCCUGGAGGAUUUGGAGGACCUCAAGGACAAGGAGGGCCACAAGGAUCUGGUGGUCCUGGAGGAUUUGGAGGUCCUCAAGGACCAGGAGGGCCACAAGGACAUGGUGGUCCUGAAGGAUUUGGAGGACCUCAAGGACCAGGAGGGCCACAAGGACCUGGUGGUCCUGGAGGAUUUGGAGGACCUCAAGGACCAGGAGGGCCACAAGGACCUGGUGGACCUCAAGGACCUGGAGGACCUCAAGGACCUGGAGGAACUCAAGGACCAGGAGGACCUCACGGACCUCAAGGACCAGGUGGACCUUUUGGUCAAGGUUCACAAGGACAAGGCGGGCCACAAAGACCCGGAGGACCUCAGGGAUCUGGAGGACCUUUUAGACCUGGAGGAAUAGGAGGGCUACAGGGGCUAGAAGGGCCUCAAGGUUCAGGGGGGCCACAAGGACCAGGAGGACCUCAAGAAACAGGAGGCCAACAGGGACCGGGAGGACUACAUGGACAAGGAGAGCCACAAGGGCCAGGAGCACCACAAGGACAUGGAGGGCCACAAGGGCUGGGAGGGCCACAAGGACAAGAAGGGCUUCAAGGACCAGGAGGGCCACAAGGACCUGGAGGACCCCAGGGACCAGGAGGGCCACAAGCACCUGGAGGACCUCAGGGACCUGGAGGACCUUUGGGACAUAGACCACAAGGACAAGGAGGACCACAAGGACCUGGAGGACCACAUGGACCUGGAGGGUCUUCGGUUCAUGGACCACAAGAACAAGGAGGACCACAAGGACCUGGAGGACCUUUAGGUCAUGGACCACAGGGACAAGGAGGACCACAAGGGUCAGGAGGACCACAAGGACCUGGAGGACCACAUGGUCCUGGGGGACCACAUGGUCCUGGAGGACCACAUGGUCCUGGAGGACCUUCGGGUCAUGGACCACAAGGACCAGGAGGACCUUUCGGUCAAGGACCACAAGGACAUGGAGAAACACAAGGACCUGGAGGACCCCAGGGACCAGAAGGACCACAAGGACCAGGAGGGUCACAGGAACCAGGAGGUUCACAAGGACCAGGAGGUUCACAAGGACCAGGAGGGCCACAGGGACCAGGAGGACCACAAGGUCCAGGAGGACAUUUUGGUAAUGGACCACAAGGACCAGGAGGGGUCACAAGGGUCAGGAGGGCCAUUUGGUCAUGGUCCACAAGGAACAGGAGGCACAAGGACCAGGAGGACCACAAGGACCUGGAGGGCCACUGGGACCAGGAGGACCACAAGGACCUGGAGGACUACAGGGACCAGGAGGACCUUUUGGUAAUGGACCACAAGGACCAGCAGGGUCACAUGGGUCAGGAGUGCCUUCUGGACAUGGACCACAAGGACCAGGAGAGCCACAAGGACCAGGAGGGCACAAGGACCAGGAGGGCACAAGGACCAGGAGGGCCACAAAGACCAGGAGGGCCACAAAGACCAGGAGGGCCUCAAGGACCAGGAGGGCCACAAGGACCAGAAGGGUCACAAGGACCAGGAGGGCAACAAGGACCAGGAGGGCCACAAGGACCAGGAGGGCCACAAGGACCAGGAGGGCCACAAGGACCAGGAGGGCCACAAGUACCACAUCCUGAUGUAACUGAUAGGCCAAGUGUUCCUUCCCACACAUACCUUCCUGGAUCACAAGUUCCUCAACCUGGCUAUCCAGGACAAUCUGUCACUCCUCAACAACCAGUUCCAGGAGGUGGUUCUCCUCAUCAUCCCUCUGAACCAGGACAACAUCCACAACCAGGACAUGGAGGUGGUCCAGGAGAGAUAAAGCCAGUUCCUCAGGGAUCAACAAACGUAAUAGGCACUCAACCAGGUUACCCAGGAGGUGCAGGUCCACAAUAUCAUAAACCAGGUACGGUUCCCAGUGGAGUGAUAGGAAGCAAGCCUCCAUCAAGUUCAUCAGUAUACCCAGUCGACUCUUCACAGCCUGGGGCUUUUGGUGGUCAUGGGAAUCCCAGCUCAUCUGGACAACCAGGAGCUCCAUCAUCCACACAUCCCUCUGGCACUACAGGACAUGGUACAAGUGGUGUACAACCAGGAUAUCCAGGUCAAUUUCAAGGAUACCAACCACAAAAACCGGGGAAUACUGGUAGUGCUCCCGGUUACCCCGGCCAAUCACAACCUGGUUACCCCACAGCUCAUCAACCUGGUUAUCCAAGUCAAACCCAACCAGGUUAUCCAGGCCAGUCUCAACCUGGUUAUCCCGGUCAAGUUCAACCAGGUUAUCCAGGCCAGUCACAACCUGGUUAUCCAAGUCAAACUCAUCCAGGUCAACCUCAGAGGCCUGGUGGUAGUGAGAGGCCACCAAGGCCUGGUUAUCCUAGUGGUAGUGAAACAGGACCCUCCCCAUAUCCUUCUGCUCCUGGACAACCAACUGGUUCAUCCUGCUCGAAUGGUCAAACAUUUUCAAAUGGUCAAUGCAUUCCAACAAGACCAGUGGGUACAGGUCCAGGAUCCCCUGGAGUUCAGGGUUACCCUUCAUACCCAGAUAAUCAAAAGCCGGGGAGCUCCAAUGGAUUCCCUGGAACACCAUACCUUCCUCCUCAUCCUCAGUCUCCUAGUCACAGUUCUGGAUCAAAUCGACCACAAGUCACAACUGCUCCAUCACAACCCACUUAUGGUGGCUCCCCUGCAACAUUGAGUCCAAUAUCAUCCUCCACACCAUCACAUCCUAGCUAUGCUACAGGAGUCACAAAUGAACAACAUCCUAGCUCUGGUUAUCCCACGAAUUCACAGAAGCCUAGCCCAUCAGGUCAAACAUUCAAUCAAGUAUCACAAACAAAUCCACCAUCCUAUGUCCCUGGAUCUCCAGGAAGUGAACAAUAUAAGCCUUGUGGUUCACAAUCAGGGAGUCCAGGAUCCUAUGAUAAUUAUAAUCAGUGUAACUCUGCUGGGUCAGUGACAACAUCAAGACCAUCAUAUUCUACUCAACCUCCCUAUAAACCUAUACAAGUAGGUCCAGUUCACCAAGGAUCAAGUCAACCAACUGGUUAUCCCAGUAAGCCACAACCUCCUGUAACUAGACCACCUCAUCAAGGAGGUGAUACAGUAAGACCAGGAUAUGCCACUAGACCGACCACAGUACCCCCUUUCACAGGAUUUACACAGAAUCCUACCUCAGUCAGACCAUCAGGUCAAAAUGUAUUCACUUCUACAACAAGAUAUCCUUCACAGUAUCCUUCUAGACCAACUGGUUCAACUAAACCAACUGGUUCAGGUGUGACAGGGUAUCCUUCAAAUGUUCCCAGCAAUCAAUUAACUUAUCCAAGUCAUGGUGGCUCUCAACCUCCCAGCUCAGGUGGUACAAGUCAACAGACAGGAUAUCCAGUCAGGCCUGGUGGUGGAGGGAAUGGAGGAUACCCAAGUUAUCCCAAUCAACCGGGGUAUGUUCCUGGAAGUCAAACAAAUAGACCAGGCAGCACACAUUUCCAAAUGACAACAAGUCCCUCAGGAUACCCAGGUUAUCCAAGUCAAUCAACACAGCCACCCUAUAGACCUGGUGGUAGUGGAUAUCCAGGUCAAACCUCAUAUCCUGGACAACAAACAAGUCAAAGACCUCCUCAAACUUUCAGGCCUGGAUAUCCAGGUCAAACAUCUCAACCUGGGUGCUCAGGUUCUCAAACUGGAUAUCCGGGUUCUGGGUCUCAAACUGGUUGCUCUGGUUCAGGAUCUCAAACUGGUUAUCCUGGUUCAGGGGCUCAAUCUGGUUAUCCAGGUUCAUCACAAACCACAUAUCCUGGCUCCGGAUCACAUCAAACUGCUCAUCCUGGUUCAGGAUCUCAAACAAAUUAUCCAAGUUCAGGAUCUCAACCCAAUCAUCCUGGUUCGGGAUCUCAAUCCAAUUAUCCAGGUUCAGGAUCACAGACGAAUUAUCCAAAUUCAGGAUCUCAACCCGAUUAUCCUGGUUUGGGAUCUCAAACCAAUUAUCCAGGUUCAGGAUCUCAAACUAAUUAUCCUGGCUCUGGGACAUCUCAGACUGGAUAUCCACCCUCAGGAUCAACUCCAUAUCCAGGAUUCUCCACCCCACAACCAGGAAGACCAAGCACGAAUGGUUAUCCAACUUACUCUACAGGAAGUCCCCCUCCCUAUCAGCCCAGUCAUACCACUAGUUACCCAGGAUCUAGACCUGGCUACCCAAGUCACCCUCAGAGUUAUCCCGGGCAACCAACAGGUUAUCCAAGUCAUUCUACAGGAUACCCAGGUCAAGGGUACCCAAGUCAGACAACUGGGUAUCCAAGUCAAUCAACAAGUUAUCCCAGCCAAACAACUGGUUUCCCAAGUGGCUCACAAGGAUAUCCUAGCCAUUCCCAAGGUUACCCAAGUUAUACUCCAGGUUACCCAGCUUCAUCUACUGGACCAAGCUCCUCAUAUCCAAUACUGAUAGGCCUGUUACAACUGGCUAUCCUGCUCAAACUUCUCCAACUCAUACCUAGUCAAAGUCCCACUCUGAAACCCAAUCCUCCCAGCUACCAGACCAGUAAACCUGAAUAUGGCAGUGUUACAACAGAAUCAAGUACUUUUGGACAUGGUGAUACUCAACCUGGUUACCCAUCGAAACCUGACUCAGGUUCCAUCGGUGAACCUUCUAAGCCAACUCAUCACCACGGUAGCCAACCUUCCAAACCUGUUAGUACAGGAUCCACAUCAGAAACUGGACAACCUGCUCCUGUACAUCCAGAGAGCAUUUCUCAAUCAUCUGGUGGUAGUUACCCGAGUGGUCCUACUGCAACAUCAAAACCUGAUUCAAUAUACACUGGUCAACCAAUAGUUGUUCCUGAAAGUGGAGGAACUUCCCAAGGUUCAUCUCCUCAUAGUCCUGGUUCUUCUUCUCAAGGUCCAACUCAUGGAGGUUCUUAUUCCCAAGGUCCCACUUCUCAAGGCUCAUCCCAACAAGGUCCUUCUCCUCAAGGUUCAUCUCCCCAAGGCUCUUCAGGUCCAGGAUGCAACUGUUCCCAACCUUCCCAACCCCCUCAACAAUUCGCCAACCCUCCCAACACAUCUCAACCUGUUUAUGUUGUUCCCUAUCCUGUUCCCAUUGUUCCCAGUCCCAGCAUGUGUCCCUGUUACUUCGUUACCUCCGGGAACGGUACAAAUCCAUCUUCAGAUCCCAACCAAGGUUCCCUUCCCCCAGGGUAUGUGGUUGGAUACAUACCAGUUGUUUUCUACCCUUACUGUUCCGGUAAUGGUGAAGACCAACAGCAAGCUAUCAGGCCUUUCUUCCCCUCAGCUUUUGCUGUGCCUUAUCAGUGUAGUCAGUGUAAUUCAGGGGCGUUAUCCAAGAGGGUAGUGAACAAUGAGGCUCAACAGCAGAGUUAUUUCAGGGAUGCAUUGAAGAACAGUCAUUUGUAUGAUGAUAGGGUUAAUGUGCAGUACCAGAAAUCAGUGACAACAAAGAGAGGGAUAUUUGGAGAUCGAAUUAUUCCAAGGAGGAGGAGUGUUUCUCCUGUAGAAUAAAUAAAUAGUUAGUUUAUAGUGAGACUUGUCCACAAGUUAUGUCAUGCUUCCUGGAAUUUAUACCAGUUUGUAGAAGAGUUCAAUGAAAUUUCCAUCUGUAUGCUCUAUAAAAUCGACUUUCUCAUCACUGAUGAGUGAAACUGAAU